CACGAUGGGUACCUGGAGGGUCUCACUCCUGGCCCAGCCAGGCUGAGCCUCGGUCCCCCGCCGCUGGGGCCUGGACCCCCCACUCACCUUCUUUCUUCUGGAUGGCACCUCCACCCAAGAGUCCAGACACCUGGGUUCUACACUGUGGCUGGCUCAAGGAGCCAUCCGGUGACAGCCUCUGGCUGAGCAUGGCCCUUCCAGCCCUGGGCCUGGACCCCUGGAGCCUCAUCGGCCUUUUCCUCCUCCAACUGCUCCUGCUGCUGCUGCCAACACCGGCCACAGGGGGCGGUGGGCAGGAGCCCAUUCCCAGGGUCCGAUACUACGCAGGGGACGGACGCAGGGUUCUGAGCCUCUUCCACCACAAGAACCUCCAGGACUUUGACACUCUGCUCUUGAGUGCUGACGGAGGCACGCUCUACGUGGGGGCCCGAGAGGCCAUUCUGGCCUUGAACAUCCAGGAUCCAGGUGUGCCGAGGCUCAAGGACACGAUAUCCUGGCCAGCCAGUGACAAAAAAAAGAGUGAUUGUGCCUUUAAGAAGAAGAGCAAUGAGACACAGUGUUUCAACUUUAUUCGCGUCCUGGUCUCCUUCAAUGCCACCCACCUCUACGCCUGCGGCACCUUUGCCUUCAGCCCUGCCUGCACCUUCAUUGAACUCCAAAAUUCCUAUCUGUUGCCCAUCUCGGAGGACAAGGUUGUGGAGGGGAAAGGGCAAAGCCCUUUUGAUCCUGCCCAUAAGCACACGGCUGUCUUGGUAGACGGGAUGCUCUAUUCUGGCACCAUGAACAACUUCCUGGGCAGCGAGCCCAUCCUGAUGCGCUCGCUGGGAUCCCUGCCUGUGCUCAAGACGGACAAUUUCCUCCGCUGGCUGCAACCGGACGCCUCCUUUGUGGCAGCCAUCCCUUCUACUCAGGUCGUCUACUUCUUCUUCGAGGAGACAGCCAGCGAGUUCGAGUUCUUCGACAAGCUCCGCACGUCCCGAGUGGCCCGAGUCUGCAAGAACGACGUGGGCGGGGAACGGCUGCUGCAGAAGAAGUGGACCACCUUCCUGAAGGCCCAGCUGGUCUGCGCCCAGCCCGGGCAGCUGCCCUUCAACGUCAUCCGCCACGCCGUCCUGCUGCCGGGCAAUUCCUCCGCCGACCUCCGCGUCUACGCAGUCUUCACCUCUCAGUGGCAAAUCGGUGGGACCAGGAGCUCAGCUGUCUGUGCCUUCUCUCUCAAGGACAUCAAGCGUGUCUUUGAGGGGAAGUACAAGGAGUUGAACAAAGAGACUUCACGAUGGACUACUCUUGGGGUCCCUGAUGAUAUCAAUCCUCGACCAGGCAGCUGCUCGGUGGGCCCCUCCUCUGAUAAAGCCUUGACCUUCAUGAAGAACCAUUUCCUGAUGGAUGAACAGGUGGUGGGGACGCCCCUGCUGGUGAAGUCUGGUGUGGAGUACACCCGACUUGCAGUGGAGACAGCCCAGGGCCUGGACGGGCACAGCCAUCUGGUCAUGUACCUGGGCACCACCACAGGGCUCCUGCACAAGGCUGUGGUGAGUGGGGACAGCAGAGCGCAUCUGGUAGAGGAGAUCCAGCUGUUCCCUGAGCCCGAGCCUGUUCGCAACCUGCAGCUGGCCCCAACCCAGGGUGCUCUGUUUGUAGGCUUCUCAGGAGGUGUCGUCAGGGUCCCCCGAGCCAACUGUAGUGUCUAUGAGAGCUGUGUGGACUGUGUCCUUGCCCGGGACCCCCACUGUGCCUGGGACCCUGAGUCCAGACUCUGCCGCCUCCUGCCCACCUCCAUCCCGGAGUCCUGGAGGCAGGACAUGGAGAAAGGGAACCCAGAGUGGGCGUGUGCCAAUGGCCCCAUGAGCAGGAGCCUCCGGCCUCCGAGCCGCCCCGAAAUCAUUAAAGAAGUCCUGGCCCUUCCCAACUCCAUCCUGGAGCUCCCCUGCCCCCGCCUCUCAGCCCUGGCCUCUUACCGCUGGACUCACGGGACAGCAGCAGUCUCAGGAGCCUCUUCCAUGGUUUACAACGGCUCCCUCCUGCUGCUGCUGCGGGCUGGGGAGGGCGGCCUCUACCAGUGCUUGGCCACCGAGAACGGCUUCUCCUAUCCUGUGGUCUCCUACUGGGUGGACAGCCAAGAGCCGCCCCUGGCCCUGGACCCGGAACUGGCAGGCAUUCCCCGGGAGCGCAUGGAGGCCUCGCUGACCAGGGUCGGUGGUGGGGCCGCGCUGGCUGCCCAGCGGUCCUACUGGCCCCACUUCCUCACUGUCACUGUACUGCUUGCCUUAGUGCUUUCCGGAGCCCUCAUCAUCCUCCUCCUCUCCCGACUGGGGGCACUCCGAGCCCGGGGCAAGGUCCAGGGCUGUGGGAGCCUGCCCCCUGGGGAGAAGGCCCCAUUGAGCAGGGAGCAGCACCGCCAACUUCCCAAGGAACACAGGACCUCCGCCAGUGAUCUGGACUCCGACAACAACCACCUGAGCACCGAGGUGGCUUAAACUCUGGGCACAGACUGAGCCGUGGGGCAGUGCCUGGCCGUGCCGACCGGGGUGCCUGGAGCAGCGCGGACCUCACUAGGGGGGAGCAGCACAAAAGAUCACCUUCCUCCCUCAAGAGUAACUUCUCUGCCACUCUGUGCCUCCAAUAGCACUCAGUGGGCUGGGCACAGUGGCCGGCUCCCCUAUGGGAUUCCCGUGCGCUGAGCGCAUGGCCUCUCAGACGGGGCUGCCCCAGGCCUGGACUGAGGCUAUGAUAGGAGGACCUAGAGAGGAUCCUUCAGUUCUGGCCAUGCCGGGACCCUCCAGAAACAUACUGCUCCAGGAGACCCUCAAGCAUCUGGCUGUUCCAGGACCCUAUGGGAAUCAACAAACAUCUAAGCAUCCAUCAGAUAGCACGCCGCUCCUGGAGACCCCACGCUGAUAGCAGCUGUCACCCUGGACACCAAUUCUCCCCUCUCGCAGGGAUCUUCGGGGUUCAGCAGGGAGCUGCCCCCUUUAUGCGCACACCGACUCCCUCCCGGAAAGUCUUGAAGGCUGACCACUUCCUUCUUGCUUCCGGUGGGGGAGGUGGUGAUCUCUUCUGGCCUGGCUAGAAUGGCAGCGGUAAUCUGAGCCUUGUUCAUGCCUUUACCCUGGCUGACCCUUGGACCUCUGUCCUUUCCCCUCUCCUUUGCUUUGGGAUUCAGAAAACUGCCUGUCACAGUUUAUUUUUUAUUAAAAAGACAAAGCUU